CUUACGAUAUAUAGACGGCCACUCUCUCUGUUUCUUCCCGCUGAUCUCGCCUUCUCGUCUUCCCUUUUUCGAAAAAAAUAUCCCUUAAUAGAUUAAAAAAAAAAGAAGGAAAAUUGCCAUUAAUGCCGCUCCACCUCCUUCCUCCUCAAUCUUCCGAACCCUAAUUUAACGACAAGUUCUACGAAUUGAGAGAGAGGCUCCAAUUGGAUUGCCGGCAUCAAUUUGGGCGAGGCCCUCGUAGAAAUCGUCAUUGGAGACGAGCACUAGCAUUUAAAAAUCGGUUCUUGGCGUGUUUGGGGAUUUUUUUUCUUUUGAAGUUUGGAAUUGGUCUCUGUGUCCUCAUCGUAACUCGUGGUUUGAAAACUUCAGACAACAACGACAGGAAUUGGAGAGUUUUUGGGUUUUAAAAGGAGACAGAGUCUUCAUUCAGUGGAGAAGCGGUUGUUUCCUUAUUUAAAUAUGAAACUGUUCUCAAUUUAACUCGCUUCGCUGCCUUCGAAUUGAAAAGACCCAUGCUUUCUUCGGAGUUAGCAUCGGAAUUUCUCUGCUGAGAUCCUAUACACUACAACUUCAACCCUCACCAAGAAAAAGAAGCAAAUCAUGGCUUCCAAAUUUCUCAAAGGCAGCCGGCAACUCAAACAUGUCCCUGACUCCUCCAUUGACAUCGGCAAGCCACCAGCUCCUCCACCUCCAACCGUCACUUUUGGCCGCCGAACACUCUCAGGACGAUACAUAAGCUACUCCCGAGAUGACCUCGAGAGCGAGCUCUCCUCCGCUGAGUUCUCAAAUUACCAUGUUCACAUCCCCAUGACCCCCGAUCGCCAAUCCACAGGCCGAACUGAUAUAGUCCCUAUGGACUCUUCCAUCACUGCCCGUGUUGAGGAACAAUAUGUCUCGAAUUCUUUAUUCACUGGUGGAUUCAACAACGUCACUCGAGCCCAUUUGAUGGAUAAAGUCACCGAGUCUGAUACCAAUUCCCAUCCUCAGAUGGCAGGGACAAAGGGGUCAUCUUGUUCAGUGCAUGGAUGUGAUCAGAAGAUUAUGAGUGAUGAGAGAGGAGAAGAUAUUCUACCUUGUGAAUGUGAUUUCAAGAUUUGUGUUGAUUGCUUCACUGAUGCCGUUAAGACUGGUGGAGGGAUUUGUCCUGGGUGUAAGGAGCAGUAUCGUUCGACUGAUUUGGAUGAGGUUUUGGGGAAGGAUGGGAACGCUAAGGCUCUUUCUUUGUCGGGGGCGAAGAUGGAGAGGAGGUUGUCGAUGAUGAAGUCCACGAAGUAUGAUUUUGAUCAUAAUAAGUGGUUGUUUGAGACAAAGGGGACUUAUGGGUACGGGAAUGCAUUUUGGCCUGCAGCAAAUGACGAUGGUGAUGAGAGGAGUGGAGAUGGAGGGAGUGAGCAGAGGAAGGAGUUGAUUGCUAAGCCAUGGAGGCCUCUCACUAGAAAGUUGAAGAUCCGGGCAGCAGUCUUGAGUCCUUAUAGGCUCCUCAUUGUCAUCCGCAUGGUUGUCCUUGGCCUAUUCCUCGAUUGGCGUAUUCGAAACAAGAACCAAGACGCAAUCUGGCUAUGGGGCAUGUCUGUAGUCUGUGAGCUCUGGUUCGCCUUCUCUUGGCUUCUCGACCAACUCCCCAAGCUCUGCCCAGUGAACCGCGCUACUGACCUCACAGUACUUAAGGAAAAAUUCGAGACUCCAAACCUGAGCAAUCCCACUGGAAAAUCCGAUCUCCCAGGCAUAGACAUCUUUGUGUCCACAGCCGACCCAGAGAAAGAGCCUCCACUUGUUACUGCUAACACUAUACUGUCCAUCCUUGCUGCAGAUUACCCAGUUGAGAAGCUCUCUUGCUAUGUUUCAGAUGAUGGCGGUGCUCUCUUGACAUUUGAAGCAAUGGCUGAAGCUGCUAGCUUUGCUUACUUGUGGGUCCCUUUUUGUCGGAAGCACAAUAUUGAGCCUAGAAACCCUGAGAGCUACUUCAGCUUGAAAAGGGAUCCGUACAAGAAUAAGGUGAAGCCAGAUUUUGUUAAAGACAGGAGAAGGGUGAAACGAGAGUAUGAUGAGUUCAAGGUUAGGAUAAAUGGGCUGCCAGAUUCUAUUAGACGGCGCUCAGAUGCAUACCAUGCUCGAGAGGAGAUUAAGGCUAUGAAUUUGCAGAGGGAGAAAGCUGGAAAUGAACCUGUAGAGCCUGUUAAGAUUCCGAAAGCAACUUGGAUGGCUGAUGGUACUCAUUGGCCUGGAACCUGGGUUAAUCCCUCGACUGAGCAUUUUAAGGGUGAUCACUCUGGGAUCAUACAGGUGAUGCUGAAGCCUCCAAGUGACGAGCCCUUAUACGGAACCAACAAUCCCGAAGACGAAAAAGGCAUCAUUGACCUCACUGAGAUUGACAUACGCCUUCCCAUGCUUGUCUAUGUCUCUCGCGAAAAACGUCCAGGCUAUGACCACAACAAGAAGGCCGGUGCCAUGAAUGCCCUUGUUCGAGCCUCUGCAAUCAUGUCCAAUGGUCCCUUCAUCCUCAACCUCGACUGUGAUCACUAUGUCUACAACUCUCAGGCUCUCCGUGAAGGCAUUUGCUUCAUGAUGGACCGUGGAGGUGAUCGUCUCUGCUAUGUCCAGUUCCCCCAGAGGUUUGAAGGAAUUGACCCCUCAGACCGUUACGCCAAUCACAACACUGUCUUCUUUGAUGUUAACAUGCGUGCACUUGACGGCCUUCAAGGCCCUGUUUAUGUUGGCACCGGUUGCCUCUUCCGUCGAAUUGCUCUCUACGGCUUUGACCCCCCUCGUGAUCAUAAAGAACACCCAUCGGGUUGCUGCGGAUGUUGCUUUCCAAGAAGAAAGCGUAAGGUCGCCGCUGCCUCUGAGGAGUCCCGGUCUCUGAGGAUGGGGGACGAAGAAGAAGAAGAGAUGAAUGUAUCAUCGUUUCCCAAAAAGUUUGGUAACUCGAGCUUUCUAAUAGAUUCAAUGCCAGUUGCUGAGUUUCAGGGCCGGCCACUCGCUGACCAUCCAUCUGUCAAGUACGGUCGGCCUCCUGGCGCCCUCACCAUUCCCCGAGACCUGCUCGACGCCUCCACUGUUGCAGAGGCGAUCAGCGUGAUCUCCUGCUGGUACGAGGAUAAAACAGAGUGGGGAAAUCGUGUUGGAUGGAUAUAUGGCUCAGUCACCGAGGAUGUCGUAACGGGAUACAGAAUGCAUAACCGAGGUUGGAAGUCUGUGUAUUGCGUGACAAAACGAGACGCUUUCCGUGGAACUGCUCCGAUCAACCUCACUGAUAGGCUCCACCAGGUUCUGCGGUGGGCGACGGGUUCUGUUGAAAUCUUCUUCUCAAGAAACAAUGCAUUCUUCGCGAGCCCAAAGAUGAAGCUUCUCCAAAGGAUAGCAUAUCUCAAUGUCGGUAUCUAUCCAUUCACCUCCAUCUUUCUCAUUGUCUACUGUUUCCUCCCAGCGCUCUCCCUCUUCUCUGGGCAAUUCAUCGUGCAGACACUCAACGUGACGUUCCUUACAUACCUUCUCACUAUAACGGUAACCCUUUGCUUAUUGGCGGUGCUUGAGAUCAAAUGGUCAGGGAUCGAGUUAGAAGAGUGGUGGCGAAACGAACAGUUUUGGCUCAUUGGAGGGACAAGUGCACAUAUAGCCGCGGUGCUCCAAGGACUGCUGAAAGUUAUUGCUGGUAUCGAAAUCUCAUUCACCUUAACCUCGAAAUCAGGAGGUGAUGACGUUAACGAUGAGUUUGCAGACCUCUAUACCGUGAAAUGGACAUCACUGAUGAUACCACCGAUAACGAUCAUGAUGGUGAACCUCAUUGGGAUCGCAGUUGGCAUAAGUCAAACAAUCUAUAGUCCGUUGCCGCAGUGGAGUAGGCUGCUUGGGGGAGUCUUCUUCAGUUUCUGGGUGUUGGCUCACCUGUAUCCUUUUGCGAAGGGAUUGAUGGGGAGGAGAGGGAGGACUCCAACCAUCGUGUUUGUUUGGUCGGGGUUGAUUGCGAUCACUAUAUCGUUGCUUGUUGUCGCCAUUGAUCGGCCGGAUGGGAGCUCAGAGAUUGGUGGCAGGUUUUCUUUCCCUUUUUAAUUUUAUUUGCUUUUAUUGAUUUAUACUUGUUUAACCGUUUUAAUUGGAGAUUGGAGGGUAGAUGAAACAUAAUAUACUUGUGAAGAAGGGUAUAGUUUGUUUAUAGUGUGUGGAGAAUAUAGAGGGAAUUUUAUUUGAUUGGCCAAUUCAUUGUAAUUUUGGGUACAUAUCAAAUUGGAAUUCCAACAUUUUUUUUAAA